CAAGCGUUCGAAAUACACGUGCGUGCGAGUCAGUGUACAUUGUGUUUCCAACAUUAUGUGUGGCUGAUCGUUAGAGGUCGAUAUUCGCAAGGCUUAUGUUGUUAUUAGUUGAACGUUCGUGUUGCUAUUCGCUUUUUGGAGUAAUUGACGAGCUGGAUCUGUUAUUCUUUGAAAAGUUGGGGUGUAUAUAAUAAUUUAAGACUUGUUUCAUAUCGGUGCAUCAAUACAAGAUAUCGACAAAACAACUACAGACAUAUCUGAGACACUCUGAACAAAUAUCAGCAGAGACGUAGUGAGGGUGUUUCCAAAAUGGGGCUGAAAGGUUUAGGGAGCUUCAUCAAGUAUUUCCUGUUCCUGUUUAACGCCGUCAUUCUGGUAGCGGGAUGUGCCCUCGUCGGGUUUGGCAUCUACGCCCGGACCAGCUCGUCGGCGGUUGCGAAAUUUUCUUCCAUAUUAGGUAGCAACCUGCUGCCCACUUUAUCCCUGGUCCUUAUCAUCACAGGGGUCGUGAUAAUCAUCCUGACAUUCCUGGGAUGCUGUGGCGCCAUCAAGGAAGUAAAGUGUAUGCUUAUAACGUUCUUUUUGCUCAUCUUGCUGCUGUUCGUUACAUUUCUUGUUGGAGGGAUUUUACUGUACGUUUUCCGAGACAAGAUUGAAGACAUCGCACUGACGCAACUACGGGGACAAUUGAAGACCGAAUAUGGACGCAAGGGUCAGGAGAAGGUCACAGAGGCCUGGGACUCCAUGCAGGAAAUCUUCCACUGCUGUGGCCUCAUCGGUGACGUUAACUCCACGGAAUCUUGGGCCUUCUACAAGCUGCAAUCAGACUGGUUCUACAACAACACAGAUUUGGCAAAAACAUCGCGCAAUUUGAAAGUCGAAUACGUCCCCACCAGCUGCUGCAAGGACAGAAAGAACACACCGAACGUCACCUUGUGUCAAGGCCUCUCUGACGUCACAAGGAUCCCCGCCGUGGGGCCGCACGUUACCACCCGGCAAUGGAACGAUCAGCUUUAUACUCAGGGUUGUUAUACGUCCGUGUAUGAGAUGGUGAAGAGCAACGCUGGCGUGUUGAUAGGUGUGUGCGGUGGCAUCGUGUUUGCUAUGAUUUCGGGUAUGGUGUUUUCAAUAUGCCUGUGUAAGAAAAUAAAGGACGAUGACGAUUACGACUGUGACUAGUCGUUUCUGUGUAAAUGUAAAUGGUGAAGAAAAUAUGUAUAUGACUCGCGGAUUCCGUGUGUAAAGGUGUAGAAAAUAUUCGCGUGACUAUCCGAUUCCGUGUAAAUGCAGUUUGUGUACAUAAUAUAGCCAAAUAUCCGUGCAAUUUAGAAGGUGUAUGCAUUGGUUUCUUUGUACCAGAUAGUACGGUGCCGCGGAAAUAAGCUAUGCCAAAUAAUGUUUCAGAACGAAUAUGUUAAUUUCUAUUCUUGUGAGAUCAUGUUUAAACUCGGAUAAUGUGUGGGGAGAAAUCGUUAGAAUUCAGUAGAACAUCGAAGAGCUCACAGACAAGCAUCGAGAUCAAAAUAGUUCAGGGGUUUUAAUGAAUCAGAAUACUACAUUAAAGUACUCCUAUCAGAGACAAAGGUCGAACACUUAACAGUUAACCACACAAUGUGUACAACUGUGACAGACACGUGAACUAGAGUAAUAAAACUAGUUAAAAGUAGCAGUUUGAAGCUCAUCUCGCCCCUUACAUCUGAAAUAUUGUCUAUGAUCUUAAAUGUUGAAUAACAUAUGAAGUGUAAAAUAUGUUUGCAAAUGUUCAGUUAUCCCGGCUAGUAUUAAGUAAGUUCUUAACGGAAAUCUUAAGUUGAACUCAAAUGCAAAUGCAUGUGUUUAUAGUCUGAUUACUUUAUACAUAUUCAAUCGACUUUGAAUUCCAGUGGUCAGGGCGGGAUUCGAACCCGGGACCUCUCGAUCCCUACGCCAGCGUCCUACCAUUAGACCACCGCUCCCACUGCAAACUCAAGCACUCGAAGCACUUAAGUGAACAAAUGAAUGUGCCAAAAGAAGUCAGACUUAAGGAAUUGCAAUGAGUUACAGAAAUUGUGUUGAAUUUUCUCUCAUUUAAUAUGGCCCUAUAUACACGUAAAACGAGUCGAACCAAUGAGCAUGGAAUAUAGCAAAAAUUACAAAAUUGUCAACGCAAUGAACGGUAAAGUAAAAACAUAUUUAUCUCUGACCUGCUAUUAAAGGGGCCUUUUCACGUUUUAGCAAAUUGACAACAUUAAAAAAUUGUUUCAGAUUCGCAUAUUUUUGUUGUAGUUAUGAUAUUUGUGAGGAAACAGUAAUUUUACUGAACGUUUACCAUGCUCUAAAAUAUCCAUGAUAUGCAUCUUUGACGAUUUAAAAACCUGAAAAUUAUAAAUCUUUGCAACGCAAAACGAUUGAAUAAUUUAGAGAGUUCUGUUGUUGUCGUUAUAUUUUUGCAUACUACGAGGAUUGCUUAUAUAAAGUAUAAAAUACAUCACUCACUGUUUGAGCACGGAUGGCCAAGUUGUCUAAGCGGUAGACUUUUACUCCAGGGGUCAGUGGUUGGAGGCAAGUUGAGGGUUACUUUUUCUUUCUUUAAUUUUAUUCUUUUUUUUACUAGACCUAUUUAGAUCCAAUGUUUACAUUUAUAAAUAUAAAGCAUUUAAUGACAAACUUUGAUACAUGCCAAAAUCUGUGGAAAGGCCCCUUUAAACAAGAACAUGAGACAUGGCUGGCAACAACGCUGUUAAUUUGCAUUAUGGUUUAUUUUUUUAUGCUUUAAAUGACCGUUCCUUCUUCUGUGUACCACAAAAUGUAAAAAUAUCAGUUAAAAAGCAACAAAACUUUAUUAUGCUGCAGAAUUGUAUUCGCGUAAUACAAGGUGAUAAUAAAAUCUUUGCGCCCGUUAAUAUUUUUUUUUAUGAAAUGUACAUGUAUCUGCCAACAUGUAAAUAACUUCAUUUAAAGAUAAACAAUUGUGAAAAACAAUGAAAUAAAAAUUAGUAAUGCUUUUAGUGUUAGUGGUGUGGAAUUGACAUAAACGUGAUGUUGCCUUUUAUAUUGAACGUGCGAAUCUUAGCAUACGGGAAGCAAUUUCUGAAAGAUAUGUGAAUGCUUGGCAAGAGUUGUAUCCCUUCCAUUGUACAGUUAACUGAGGUGUACUACGAUUGAACAAUUAAGAUUUGUUACAUGGCAGCUUAUGAGACAAAUUAUUAAUAUAAUAAUCGUCAGAUAUUUCAACUGCGAUGGCAUUUCAGAAAAAUAAUAUUGAUCUAAACAUCGAAUUCUCGUGUAAACUUAUUACCGAUAAACAAUUGAGUAUUUAUUCAUAUUUAUGAGAGCUUGCUAUUUUUGUGUUACAUUUUCCAAGCAGUUACAUAUAAUAGGUCGCCGUGGCGUUUUGGAUUUGGUGUCUGCCUAGCGACCGGGAGGUCAUGGGUUCUUGAGAUCCCCCCAUAGACAUCAAGUUCUGGUCUAGCCCCAGGAAACAGACUUGAGAGGGUUUCAAAUAAGUCUUAGGCUUCCGAUGCAAUUGAUCUAAAAUAAAUAGGUUAAAACUAAACAUCGAUGAUCGUCAGUCUUGUUUAAUGUCUCAUUCUCGUUUAGUGGUGGAUGUGUUUGUCUACGUACAGAUGUCAACAUUCAUCUUCUGCUCCUCUUGUAAGUCCCUUAUCGGUGUAACCAGAUGGAGCCUAUAGGUUUACCCCCAGCAGGCCCGUGAGUCCGUCCGAAUCUGGACCCUGGGGAAAAUAUCGAAGAACCUCCAAGAUUCUCAUUUUUUUUUUGAAAAACCCAAAUGUGAUCUUAAAAUAGCUAUAGUACAGAAAUCUCAAGUUUAUACGAUCGUUGUUAUACUAUCGAUUUUCAUCUGGUAAUAGGAUAAAUGUUGUAUAUGAGAGUGUGUGUUUCUUUCAGCUUUUUUUAACCCAUUUAUGCCCAGUGGACUCUCCUAUCCUUCUAAAUUGGAUCAAAUUAUUUCCAAAAUUAGGGGUGUCAAGUAUAUUUAUGUCUAUUUUUAGAAUAUUUCAUAAAGAAAUUCA